AUGGGAGGUGAAGGAUCGAAAAUUCGACGUUCGAAAUCAAGAGAAGCUAAAAAAUCAGUAGUGAAUCAAACUACGCAACAUAUCACUCCUUUAAAAAUUAAACCUUCUAAUUCAAUCAGUUGUUCUGAUAAUUUACUCAAUGUUGAUUUUGGUACCCGAACGGGAAAUUCAUCAAGAUCUUCUGUAGAAUUAAGUAAUAAUUGCAGUCGUUCAGCAAGUACAUGCAGUUCACGAAGUAUACCGAAACAAAGACAUCCAAUUCCAAUCCGUGAUCGAAAUCUUAUUCAGAGUUGUUUCCAAAAUCCACAUGAAAUUAUUGGUCAUAAAAUUUUAAAACGAGCUUAUGAGAAACGAAAUGGCUUCGCAAAUUUCUAUGCAAAAUUAAGUAACGAUGAAAGGGAUGAUAUCGAAGAGAGAAUUAAAGUACUUCUAAAGAAAACUGUUGCAAAUAUUAAUUUUAUGGAUGAAGUUCAAAGAUUGGCAGAAGAAUUCGGUGGCAAACAUGUCAAAUUUCGAGCUUUAGGUUUUAAGCCUGAAUUUUUCGGAGCUUAUGCUGAUGCUACCAUAACUGAAUGUAUAUUCCUGGACAAUGCUAUACAUCCUGCGCAUCAAACACUUGCUGCAUUUUCAUCAUUCAUCGCCGUGGUAUUUUCAUCGGUGAGAGAUGGUUUUUAUGGAGAAAUGCGACGUAUGAGACGUGCAUCAAACAGUUUUAGUACGGGUUCUAAUUCGUCUUAUAUAAAGAAAACUGUAUCAAACGAUCUCGGUACUGACUUAUCACAGAGGUCAGUAAGUCCGGGUAAUGAGUCUGGUGGAUCGGAUUUUAGUGCAAUGAUAAUGAUAACAGCAGACAAUGACAGCUUAAUGAAACCACAGUCAAAUGAUCCCUAA